AUGUAUUUAUAUAAUUUAACAUUACAAAGACCAACAUCGGUAUAUCAAUCGAUUAGUGGUAAUUUUUCAGGUACAAAACAAGUUGAAAUAGUAUUAAAUCAUGGUAGAUCAUUAGAAUUGAUUAGAUAUGAUGAAAAUGGUAAAAUGCAAUCAGUAUUAUAUACAGAAGUAUUUGGUAUAGUUAGAUCAAUAAUACCAUUUCGUUUAACAAGUGGUACUAAAGAUUAUAUUAUCGUAGGUUCAGAUUCUGGUCGUGUUGUAAUCUUGGAAUAUAAUUCACAAAAGAAUCAAUUUGAUAAAAUUCAUCAAGAAACUUUUGGUCGUUCAGGUUGUCGUCGUAUUGUACCUGGUCAAUAUUUAGCAGUUGAUCCAAAAGGAAGAGCUUUUAUGAUUGGUGCAAUUGAAAAACAAAAAUUAGUUUAUAUUUUAAAUAGAGAUUCAUCAGCAAAUUUAACAAUUUCAUCACCAUUGGAGGCACAUAAAUCAAAUACAAUUGUAUUUUCAAUGUGUGGUGUUGAUGUUGGAUUUGAUAACCCAAUAUUUGCAACCAUAUCAGUUGAUUAUACAGAGGAGGAUAGUAGUAGUGGUGGUGGUGGUGGUGGAUCAAUUGAGGAGAUGAUGGAUGAAGAUAUUGGAAAGAAAAAGAAAUUGUUGACUUAUUAUGAAUUGGAUUUAGGUUUAAAUAAUGUUGUUAGAAAAUGGAGUGAUCAAGUUGACGACAGUGCAAACAUAGUGAUGACAGUACCAGGUGGUACAGAGGGACCAGGUGGUGUAUUGGUAGCAUCAGAGGAUUAUAUAGUGUAUCGUAACCAAGAUCAUGCAGAGGUGCGUUCUAGAAUACCACGUAGAUAUGGUAGUGACCCCAAUAAAGGAGUAUUGAUAAUCUCUCAUUCAUCACAUAAACAAAAGGGAAUGUUCUUCUUUUUAGUGCAAUCAGAGCAUGGAGAUCUUUACAAGAUCACAUUGGACUACCAGGGUGACCAGGUUUCAGAGGUGAAUGUAAACUAUUUCGACACGAUAGUAUUGGCAAAUUGUUUAACCGUAUUGAAGAACGGCUUCCUUUUCGCUGCAUCAGAAUUUGGUGAUCAUACAUUAUACUUUUUCAAAUCGAUUGGUGACGAGGAGGAAGAGGGCCAAGCCAAGAGAUUGGAGGAUAAGGACGGCCAUCUUUGGUUCACUCCUAGAAAUUCAUGUGGUACUAAAAUGGAGGAGUUGAAGAAUUUGGAGCCAACAUCACAUUUAUCAUCGUUGUCACCCAUUAUCGAUUUCAAAGUUUUGGAUUUAGUUAGGGAAGAGAACCCUCAACUCUAUUCAUUAUGUGGUACUGGCUUGAAUUCGUCAUUGAAGGUGUUACGACAUGGCCUAUCGGUUACCACAAUCACCACUGCCAAUUUACCUGGUGUGCCAAGUGGAAUUUGGACAGUACCAAAAUCAACCUCACCCAAUGCAAUCGACCAAACUGAUAAAUAUAUAGUUGUAUCAUUCGUUGGUACUACAUCAGUGUUAAGUGUUGGUGAUACCAUUCAAGAGAAUCAUGAGAGUGGUAUAUUGGAGACUACAACCACACUAUUAGUGAAAUCAAUGGGAGACGAUGCAAUUAUUCAAGUGUUCCCAACAGGUUUCCGUCAUAUUAAAUCCGAUUUAAGAAUUAAUGAAUGGAGAGCACCAGGCAGAAAAACCAUUGUACGUGCAUCAGCUAAUCAAUCACAAUUGGCGAUUGCAUUAAGUGGUGGUGAAAUCAUUUAUUUCGAAUUGGAUCAAGCAUCAAAUUUAAUUGAAAUCAUUAAAAAAGAUCUUAGAAGAGAUAUAGCAUGCAUUGAAAUUUCACCAAUUCCAAAAGGUAGAAAUAUGGCACGUUUCAUUGCAGUAUCCGAUUGGGAAGGUCCAAUUAGAGUUCUUUCAUUAGAUCGUGAUAAUUGUUUAGGUCAAGUUUCAAUGUUAGAUACUGAUAAAGUUUAUAUUGAAAGUUUAUCAAUUAUUGAAAUGCAAUUAAAUGAAAUGGGUAUUGAAACUAAAAAAUCACAAUCACAAACUGGUCAAACCACCACAACAACAACCUCAACCUCAUCAGCAAGUAGUUCAGUCACAAGUGGUGGAUCAUUAUUUUUAUUUGUUGGUUUAAAAAAUGGUGUUGUUAAACGUGCAACAUUAGAUAGUGUUACAGGUGAAUUAUCAGAUAUUAGAACAAGAUUAUUAGGUAGAAAACCGGUGAAAUUAUUUAAAGUUAAAGUUAGAGGUUCAAAUGCAAUGUUAGCAUUAUCAAGUAGAGUUUGGUUAAAUUAUAUUAAUCAAGGUAAAUUAGAUAUUGUACCAUUAUCAAUUGAACCAUUAGAGAAUGCAUCCAAUCUUUCAUCGGAACAAUCAGCAGAGAGUAUUGUAGCAACAAGUGAAAAUAAAAUCAUAAUUUUCUCAAUUGAUAAAUUGGGUGAUUUAUUCAAUCAAGAAACUAUUAAAUUAAAUGCAACACCAAAAAGAUUUAUAAUUCAUCCACAAACAAGUUAUAUCAUAAUUUUAGAGACUGAAACAAAUUAUAAUACAGAUAAUAUUGAUAUUGAUAAAAUUAAUGAACAAUCUGAAAAAUUAUUAUUAGAAAAACAAAAAGAGUUACAACAAGAAAUGGAUAUUGAUGAUGAUGAUCAAAAUAAUAAUAAUGAAAUUGAACCAUUUAAAAAAUUAUUUAAACCAAAAGCUGGUAAAGGUAAAUGGAAAUCUUAUAUUAAAAUUAUGGAUCCAAUUACACAUGAAUCUUUAGAGUCAUUGAUGUUGGAAGAUGGUGAGGCAGGAUUUAGUGUUUGUACAUGUUCAUUUGGUGAAAGUGGUGAGAUAUUUUUAGUGGUUGGUUGUGUAACUGAUAUGGUAUUAAAUCCAAAGAGUCAUAAGAGUGCACAUUUAAAUCUUUAUCGUUUCAUUGAUGGUGGUAAGAAAUUGGAGUUACUUUAUAAGACCGAGGUGGAGGAACCAGUUUAUGCAAUGGCACAGUUUCAAGGUAAAUUGGUUUGUGGUGUUGGUAAAUCAAUACGUAUCUAUGAUAUGGGUAAAAAGAAAUUACUUAGAAAAUGUGAGACAAAGAAUCUACCAAAUACAAUCGUCAAUAUUCAUAGUUUAGGCGACAGGUUGGUGGUUGGUGACAUCCAAGAGAGCAUUCAUUUCAUAAAGUAUAAACGAUCAGAGAAUAUGUUAUAUGUGUUUGCAGAUGAUUUAGCACCACGUUGGAUGACUUCAUCGGUUAUGUUGGAUUAUGAUACGGUUGCGGGUGCCGAUAAGUUUGGUAAUAUCUUUGUAUUACGUUUACCAUUACUAAUCUCUGAUGAGGUUGAAGAGGAUCCAACUGGCACUAAAUUGAAAUUUGAAAGUGGCACUUUAAACGGCGCCCCUCAUAAAUUGGACCAUAUAGCUAAUUUCUUUGUUGGUGAUACCGUUACAACUUUAAAUAAAACUUCAUUGGUAGUCGGUGGACCAGAGGUUAUACUAUACACAACCAUCAGUGGUGCCAUUGGUGCCUUAAUCCCCUUCACAUCAAGAGAGGACGUAGAUUUCUUUUCAACAUUAGAAAUGAAUAUGAGAUCCGAUUGUCUACCAUUAUGCGGUCGUGAUCAUCUUGCCUAUCGUUCCUAUUAUUUCCCAGUUAAAAAUAUUAUCGAUGGUGACCUUUGUGAACAAUUCUCAACUUUAAAUUAUCAAAAACAAUUAUCAAUCUCUGAAGAAUUAUCAAGAUCACCUUCUGAAGUUAUUAAAAAAUUAGAAGAAAUUAGAUCUCAAAAAUUAUUAUAA